UCUUACCUACAUGUUUAAACAACAAUGACAUCAUUUGUCUACAGUAGCUUUGUGCCUACACUCUUGUGUGCACUCUUUGUCAUUCAAGCCUUGAGAUUCAGUCAUUCCAAAACCUUAACAAAUGUAAGCUGCCUUGGCAUUGAGAGAGAAGCUCUUUUGAAGUUGAAGCAGGAUCUCAUUGAUCCUUCGAGACGUCUAAAGUCGUGGACUGGUGAGAGUUGUUGCAAGUGGGAAGGAGUUGAAUGCAGCGAGAAGACUGGCCAUGUCUUGAAGCUCGAUCUUCAUAACCCUUGUGAUGGCCUAGAGAACUGCAACCUAGGAGGUGAGAUACAUCCUGCUCUAAACAAGCUGAAGUAUUUGAAGUAUUUAGACCUUAGUUUCAACAAUUUCACAAUCCAGAAAACCCAAGAGUCCUUUACUUCUCUUCAGAAGCUAGAGUAUUUCAACCUCUCAUUUGCAGGCUAUGGACAUAUUUCCAAUCAACUUAGUAACCUUUCCAACUUAAGGUACUUGGAUCUUAGUGGUUGGAUUUGGUCGAAGCCUUCCUUAGGAACAGAGAACCUCCGAUGGCUAUCGACAUUUUCUUACCUAAAGUACUUGGACCUGUCAUAUGUCCCCCUUCUCAACCCCAAAGGAUGGUUAGCUCCUAUAAACAUGCUUUCCUCCUUGGAGUUUUUAAUAUUGAGUGGAUGCGAGUUGGAAGAUGCUUCUGCCUCUCUGCUUGUCAAUUUUACUUCUCUUAAAUUCCUCGAUUUGAGUCAAAACUCCAUGAAUUCAUCUAUUCCUCCUUGGUAUCAAAACUUUAGCAAACUUGAACAUCUUGAUUUAAGUGAUAAUGAUCUCCAAGGCAUAUUCCCCACUAUCAUCCUUGAAAAUAGUGGAUGGCUUAAAUUCCUUGAUGUCUCUACAAAUAGGAUGGAAGGUGAACUGUUGAAAAACUUGAGCAGUUUUUGCAAUCUGCAAGUGCUAAGCUUGCGUUCUAACAAAUUUAGUGGGAGGAUUUUCAAUGCCCAAGAUGGUACUUUGAAUUGUGAACGAAGUAACCUAAAGACUGUUGAUGUUAAUGACAAUAGUUUCAGUGGUCACCUGUCCAAUCAAUUUGGGAAUUUCAAAGAUCUCAUAUUCCUUGAUCUUUCACAAAACUCGAUUUCUGGUCCUAUUCCUGCUGCUAUGGGCCAACUGUCAUCUCUGAGAAUGUUGAACCUCUCUUUCAACAAUUUGAGUGGGAAGAUUCCAGAAAAUAUUGGGUUAUUAUCCAAUCUAGAGGUGAUGGAUAUUGGUAAUAAUCAAUUUGAUGGAAUUGUUAGCCAAAUUCACUUUGCAAAUCUCACUAGUUUGAUUGUGUUGAAAAUUUAUUCAACAGGGCUUGUCAUAAAUAUUAGUGCUUCGUGGGUUCCUCCAUUCCAAAUUCAAGAGAUUCUCAUGUCGAGUUGUAAAGUGGGACCAAAAUUCCCAAACUGGCUUCGAACGCAGAAAAAAGUUUCAGCAUUAGACAUGUCAAAUGCUAGCAUCUCAGAUGAAGUUCCCCAUUGGCUAUCUGAUGUUCUAUUGAGCAUUGAACAGUUGGAUCUCUCAGAUAAUAUGCUCAGAGGCAACAUUUCCCGAAUUAUUGGGAAAAAGAUGCCACUAUUAACACAAGUGUCACUUUUUGGAAAUAAUCUCAGUGGUGAAAUUCCAAAUUCAUUAUGCAUGUCAGAUGAAUUGUCUUUUUUGGAUCUCUCUAAGAACCAACUAUCAGGGAGACUUCCGCGAUGUUGGAGGGAGUCACAAGCUUUUUUGGAAUGGAUUUCAUUGGGAGACAACAAGUUAUAUGGUCAACUUCCAAGGUCGCUAUGCCAUUUAAAGCAAUUAAAAGUUCUAGGGCUACAUGAAAAUGGCUUGGACGGAGUGCUUCCGAAAUGUUUACUAAAGCUUGAUUUGGUAAUCCUUGAUCUUGGUGACAAUCAAUUCACUGGUAAAAUACCUCUGUUUGGCAACCCUAAAUCAUUUGAGAUAAUUGAUCUUGGGAGAAAUCACUUAACUGGUAACAUUCCUUUGCAGUUGUGUCAUCUUGCUAAUCUCCAAUACUUAAGCUUAAAGCAUAACCACUUUUCUGGAGGCAUUCCUUGUUGUUUCAACAACUUCUCGCGAAUGUGGGCAAAUUCCACAUUGUAUUUCAGAUCCAUGGGGAGGUUUCUCACUAUGGUUGAUACAGAAGGAACAAGCAUUGAAUUCACUGGCACAAUCCCAUAUUUAUUUUCUAUUGACCUCUCAAGCAAUGCAUUAGAUGGACAAAUACCAAAAGGGUUAAUGAUGCUUACUCGACUUCAAAAUUUGAACCUCUCUCAAAAUAAGCUGGUUGGAGAAAUUCCUUCAGAUAUUGGCAACUUGAAAGAUUUACAAUCACUUGAUUUAUCCAAUAACAAGCUAUCUGGUGAAAUUCCUCCUAGUAUAUCCAAUUUAGACUUUUUAAGUCAUUUGGAUCUUUCCUACAACAAUUUAUCUGGUCCUAUUCCAUUAGGCAAUCGUCUGGGCACUCUAGACGAUCAAUCUAUUUAUCGCGGUAAUGAUGGACUCUGCGGACAUCCUCUUUUGAAAGUUUGUCCUGGAGAUGAGCUUGAUGUGGGUAGAGGAGAUGAUCACAAAUUGAGCGAAGAUAAGGCUAACGAAGAUGGCUCCAUUAUUGUUUGGUUUUACUCAGGAAUGGGACCAGGUUUCGUUGUGGCAUUUAUGGGAUUUUGCACCAUAUUACAUUUUAAAAAAUCUUGGAGUAUCUCCUAUUUUCGGGUAGUGGAUAGAAUUAUUGAAAAAUUGUCAAUUGUGAAGAUGAUUACCAUGCUUUGGUUCAAGAGAGCUUUCCAAUUCCAACUACGAAAAUAAUUAUUUAUUUAGUAACACUUCCUUGAUUAAAAGCGCAUAUUGGCUUACCCAAUAUUGGACACAUGCGCCACUGCAACUGGUGUGAAGCUGAUAGUUCCUUUCUUCGUGAUGGAAGAUUGCUAUUGAAGCUUCAAGUAAUAAAGAAGUCGUGAUCAUAAUUCUCCGACGUUUUUCACUUGCUUUCUCCAUUUGGAUAUCAAACAAUUCUCUUGCUUUUGUCCUAUAAAAUAAGAAGUAUGUGUCAAUGUUAAACAAGUUUACUAUGUGAGCCAAAAUUGGAUGAGUCUACUGUUCCCAAGGGUAAAAUUACAUUGUUUUAAGCUGAAAACUUGUGAAAAGCGCGGAUAACUAUCAACACACGUUAGUAACAAAACUUCA